AUCCGUUUGUUCUAAUAAAUUAUUAGUCAACGACUCAUUAUGUCAAAAAAAUGUAAGGAUUUUGACGUUUGCAGGAAGUUCCAUUGACAGCAAUUAAAAAAAUUGUAUCUUCCUUCCGAACGUAAACAUCCUUCGCCUUCGCCGACUCAAAAUACGAUAAAUAUUUUGGCUGUAGUGAAAUUACUCUAUUUAUAAACACAAACACAGUCAAUCCGAUCCUAAAAAUACGUUCAUAUUGGAGUGGAGUUGUCACCAAUUUUAAUACUGAGUUUAACGACGUAUUUAUUUAAAAAUGCGGUACUUUUUUGUUGUUUCUAUCUUUAGCGUUGUAUUUGCGUAUGAAAAAGACGUAACUUUUACAGUACCAGCUGGUAAUACUGAGUGUUUCUAUCAGAAAGUACUAGCGAACGAAGUAAUCGACAUAGAAUAUCAAGUUAUAGAUGCAACUCAUGGUGAACUGGACAUUUCAUUCCAACUGGCAGACCCAGUUGGCAGGGUGAUUGUGGCCGAUUACAAGAAGCCUGAAAAUGCUCACCGACACACCUCAUAUCUUGAGGGAGAUUACAGAUUCUGUUUUGAUAACAGCUUCAGUACAUUCAGUCAGAAAACUGUGUUCUUUGAUCUGGUGAUUGAGACAGAAGACUCUCCAGAAAAAGACUAUGAUGAUGACAAGGAAAUGGAAUUGGGUAAUGCAGCAGAAACGUACAUGAUGCGAGUAAAAGACAUAUCAGAGUCUGUGAAUAAAGUAAAAGAUCAUGUGGCAGCAGCUCGCAGGCUCCAGGAGCUACUGUCAGCUCAUGAGGCCAGGGAUAGAAAUCUGGCCGAGGAUAUGUGUUCAAGAGUCAUGAAGUGGUCGCUGUGGCAGAUUGCCGUAAUGCUUCUAGUCGGAAUCACGCAGGUUGUGUUCGUGAAGAGUCUCUUUCAGGAGCCCAACAAUAGCAUAAAGAAGUUUGUACCAAAUUUCUUGUCGCAAUGACGCCAAAGAACGUUGUUAUGUUUUUUAAGUUAAUAUAAGUUCUGCCAGUUGAUGUAGUUAGGUUUUUUAUCAGUCAUUUUUAAAUUUAAACUAAAGCGAACUGAUU